AUUUUGAGUACAGGGAGCAGUUGAAGUGCAGUCGACUGGCUACAUUUGAGGACUUAGCUUAGCCCAUUUUCUGUCAAUGAAUGUGUUUUCUCUUCUCUGAGUCUGUGAGCAGUCGUGAAAAAUCAGCAAAACUGAAGCGUGGGAAAUGGCUCCAAAGAAGGGAAAAGGAGAUGAUGCAACAAAGCCCCCGCCUCUGAUUGGAAGGUUUGGCACCUCGUUAAAAAUAGGAAUUGUUGGUCUGCCCAAUGUUGGGAAGUCAACCUUUUUCAACGUGCUGACAAAGAGUCAGGCUGCAGCAGAAAAUUUCCCCUUCUGCACCAUUGACCCAAAUGAAAGCAGAGUGCCCAUUCCAGAUGAACGCUAUGAUUUCCUCUGCCAAUUCCACAAACCUGCCAGUAAAGUCCCAGCGUUCCUUAAUGUGGUUGACAUUGCCGGCCUGGUGAAAGGUGCUCAUGCUGGCCAAGGCCUGGGAAACUCCUUCCUGUCCCACAUCAGCGCCUGCGAUGGCAUCUUCCACCUGACACGUGCUUUUGAGGACGAGGAUAUCAUCCAUGUGGAGGGGACAGUGGACCCGGUGAGGGACAUGGAGAUCAUCCAUGAGGAGCUGAGGCUGAAGGACGAGGAGAUGAUCGGCCCUAUUAUUGACAAGCUGGAGAAGACGGCCAUUAGAGGCGGUGACAAGAAACUCAAACCAGAAUACGACGUUAUGUGCAAAAUCAAGAGCUGGGUCCUGGAUGAAAAGAAACACGUCCGUUACUAUCGCGAUUGGAGCGACAAGGAGAUUGAAGUAUUGAACAAAUACUUGUUUUUGACGUCCAAACCGAUGAUAUACCUCGUUAACCUCUCAGAAAAAGACUACAUCAGGAGAAAGAACAAAUGGCUGGUGAAAAUCAAGGAGUGGGUGGAUAGUCACGACCCGGGCGCCUUGGUCAUCCCCUUUAGCGGCGGUCUGGAGAGCCUGCUCCAGGACAAGAGCGACGAGGAGCAGCAGCAGUACUGCACGGAGCACAAGACGCAGAGUGCCCUGAGCAAGAUCAUCAAGGCUGGAUACGCCGCCCUGCAGCUGGAGUAUUUCUUCACUGCUGGACCGGAUGAGGUCCGUGCGUGGACCAUGCGGAGAGGAACUAAGGCUCCACAGGCCGCGGGGAAGAUCCACACCGACUUUGAGAAGGGCUUCAUUAUGGCGGAAGUAAUGAAAUUCCAGGAUUUUAAAGAGGAAGGCAGCGAGAAUGCUGUCAAGGCAGCAGGGAAAUACAGACAGCAGGGAAGAAACUACACUGUUGAAGAUGGGGACAUCAUCUUUUUCAAAUUUAAUGCUCCGAACGCACCAAAGAAGAAGUGAUGCAAGAACAGUCUGACUGUUUACAUAACUGACUGUGCUUGUUACCCAUCUUUUUUUUUCAUUCUUUGCCCAGAUACCCAUUGCCACACUCUCACUUUCUGGGAUCACCCCCCCCCCCCCCCCCUCCCCUCUGUGCCAAAGCACAGGUUCAGUAAACUCUGACAGCUUUGCUAUUUAAGAUCAGGAUCGGCCCCCACUCCAAAUUGUAGCAGCAUUUGAAGGAGCAUAUUACUCUCCAGAUACUUCAUUAAUCUCCAUCACGGGUGCCAGCACUGACACAGCUGACAGCGGGGACAAUGCCACCUGCUCCUCUCCCCCUUCAGCAGAUAAUGCAUGUUUUACAGUAGCCCAGAUGUCUACACUCAAUAAAACAUUUGACAAAAACCA